UAAAAAUACAGAAAAUUGAGAUGGACUGCCGCCGUGUUUUGGGCCGGUUCUGGAGUGGCUGGCGGCGGGGCCUGGGUGUCCGCCCAGUGCCCGAGGACGCAGGCUUUGGCACCGAAGCCCGGCAUCAGAGGCAACCCCGCGGCUCCCGCCAACGGUCGGGGCCCCUCGGGGACCAGCCCUUCCCGGGGCUGCUGCCAAAAAACCUCAGUCGGGAGGAGUUGGUUGAUGCGCUGCGGGCAGCCGUGGUGGACCGGAAAGGACCUCUAGUGACGUUGAACAAGCCACAGGGUCUACCAGUGACAGGAAAACCAGGAGAGCUGACGUUGUUCUCAGUGCUGCCAGAGCUGAGCCAGUCCCUAGGGCUCAGGGAGCAGGAGCUUCAGGUUGUCCGAGCAUCUGGGAAAGAAAGCUCUGGGCUUGUACUCCUCUCCAGCUGUCCCCAGACAGCUAGUCGCCUCCAGAAGUACUUCAUCCAUGCACGAAGAGCCCAGAGGCCCACAGCCAUCUACUGUGCUGUCACUGAUGGGAUCCCAGCUGCUUCUGAGGGGAAGAUCCAGGCUGCCCUGAAACUGGAACACAUUGAUGCGGUCAAUCUCACAGUUCCAGUGAAGGCCCCAUCCCGAAAGGACAUCCUGGAAGGUGUCAAGAAGACUCUCAGUCACUUUCGUGUGGUAGCCACAGGCUCUGGCUGUGCCCUGGUCCAGCUGCAGCCACUGACAGGGUUUCGCUCUGUCUCCCAGGCUCAGAGCGCAGUGGCAUGAUCACAGCUCACCACA